AUGGAUUCUGAAACUAAACUGCCCGGAUUUGACUCUAUCACUUAUCAGCUGGUGACUUUGGGAAAGCUACUUACCUUAUCUGUGCCUGUUUCUUCUUCUUUAUUGAGAAAAUGUGAUUAUUCAACCAAGCUUAAAAAUAAAUCUGUUCUCUUGCUCUCCGCGCCGCCGCCGCCGCCAUGUUGGGUUUGGAGCUGCACUGAGGCCCCCGCCGCCGCCGCCGCGGGUGAGGGAGGCCGAGAGCGGAGCCCGCCCCGCCCCGGGGCCCAGGGAGCGGGGCCGCCUCGGAGCCCGGCCUCUCCCCGCCAGCCGCCUUCCCGGCCCGCCGUGCAGCCAGUGAGCCAGCGAGCGAGCAAGCACCGGACUCCGGCCGCACCUUCAGCUACGGCCCGAGCGAGCCCGCCGCCGCCGGGCCCGGCCACAGCCUGCAGCGGAGCCCACGAGAGGCAGCGCCAUGACGGAACAGACCUACUCAUGGGGUUUGUGGAUCAUUCUGGGAUGUGUACAUCAAGGGCUAUGAACUCCAUGGAGAGGGCCAGAAGCAGAUACACAGAUGACUGAAGUUUUGGAAAACAGAAUCUAGGAGAAAAGAAUAAAGAGAAAAAAGAAAGAAGGAGAGCAAAAUGACUUAAAGACAUUUCCAAGAAAAAAAGAGGAGAGAAGUCACUGAAAUGGAAAAAUAAACAUAUUAUAUAACUAUUUAUUGCACUAUGCAAUAAAAACAUCUUCAGCAACAGCCACACAAGUGCGGGUGGAGGGUCUGCUUUGAAGAGAGAAAAAAGGCUGCUGCAGAAAAAACAAACCUCAAUGCAUAAUUGGAGCUUUUGUUCUUUCUGGAUUGUUUUGUGAAGAACAUGCUGCCAAAAAAACAUUUUUCUUCUGUAACCGCUUGUUUUGAAACUCCAUUCUUUUUUAUUUCAAGGAUGUUUAUUAUCUACUCAUUUCUUCUUAUUUAUUUUUGAAUCAUAUACCCCAAUGUCUAGAUGACUGGGACCACUAGGUUUCAUAUUUCCCAGAUGAGAUUAGUUAUACAGUUCAUUUUGCAGGUUUAUUCAGAGCAUUUCAAUGACAUUUCACCUACAGUUCACCUAUAUUUAGUCCUAAGAAAUUGAAGGUGUUUCUUGAUAGUUUUCCUGCUCCAUCUUCUUCCAGGGGAUUGAUUUGGCUUCUUAUGUUUUUGUAUUUGGUUGCUCAUUAGAGAUAAGCCUGAUUAUUUGGCAUUGUGCAUUUCUCUGUUUAAAAAGGGAAAAUACAACAUGUUAUUAAUUAUUAUGAUAUAAUAAAAAAUGGAGAGAAGGCAAAAGAUUUUCAUCCUGACACUUUGAGUCAUUUUAAGAAUUUUCAGCUUGCUUUGUCAUUUGUUCCUUUAAACUCAAGAGAUUUGGUUUCUGACUUUG